AUGGAGGCUAACAAAGACAUGCGCAUUUUAAUAGCCGGCGGCAGCGUCGCUGGGUUGUCCCUGGCGAUCAUGUUGGAGAAGUUCGGAAUCGACUAUCUCAUCCUCGAAGCCUACUCCGAAAUGGCUCCUCAACUCGGCGCCAGUAUCGGAAUGCUCCCCAACGGACUCCAGAUUCUCGACCAGCUGGGUUGCUACGACCGGCUUCGAGAGAUCGGUGGGGACGUCUACUACAAGUCUUCAAUGAGGGCUUCGGACGGAAGGAUCUUGACCGAGACUAAGGGCACUAGCCUCUCUGAGCGCGUUGAAGAGAAGACCGGGUAUCCAUGCGUGUUUAUUGAUAGACAGAUGCUUCUGCAAGUUCUGUAUGAGAAGAUUCAGCACAAAGAGCGUGUCCUGACUGGAAAGCGAGUGGUUCACGUGGAGUUUGAUGAGGCUGGUGUCACCGUCAAGACCAAAGAUGGGAGUACUUACAGCGGCGAUAUCCUUGUUGGCGCCGACGGUGUUCGUAGCACCGUGAGGCAAGAGAUGUGGCGCCUUGCUGCCGACGAAAGUCCUGGGGCUUUCCCCCCGAAUGAAGCUGAAAGCCUAAACUCAAGGACGAAAUGCAUCUUUGGCAUUUCAAACCAACCAAAAGGUUGGCGUGGAAUGCAGCACUCAGUUUUCUACGACGGUAGGAGCUAUCUCUUAGUACCUGGGCCGGAAGGUCGUGUGUACUGGUUCUUCUUCCACGUCAUGGACCGCGACUAUUACGGGAAAGAUAUUCCGAGGUUCUCCAAGGAGGACGAAGCAAAGUUGGCCUUCAAGCAUCUUGACGACGCCAUCUCAGACACCAUCAAAUUCAGAGAUAUUUACGAAGGACGCCGCUUUUCCACACUUGUGGCCUUGGAAGAACACGUCUUCUCACGCUGGCAUUAUCGACGAAUCGUACUCAUUGGAGAUUCUGCGCACAAGCUUCAUCCAAUCACCGCUCAAGGCGGAAACGGUGCAUUGGAGACGGCGGCGGUCCUGACCAACGCCCUCAUAGCAAAGCUGCGAUCAUCUCAACACAAACUCUCAGAAGAUGAGAUUGAGAGCGUCUUGGCGGAAGUACAAGCCGGCCGAAUUGACAACAUCACUGCCGCAAUGAAAGAAGGACGGUGGUCGAACGCUAUUGUUUGCCAGCAACUGCCCCUGGCCGAGCUUCUCAUUCGCAUUGUAAUUCCUUGGCUUGGAGACGGCCUUAUGUUCAACAGUUGGGUGAAAGCCUUCGAAAAAGGAACCCGAGUCAAGGCGCUCGACGUGCCGCAAAGGGUUGUUGGGAAGCUGUCACAUGGCAAGGCGGACUCGCAGAGUCAAGCACGGAACUGGGCCAAGUGGGUUUCUGGAGCUGCUAUUUCUGGACUUGCUGCGUUUAUGAUCAUGAGAUUGCGGAAGAUAUAA